AUGCAAGUUAUUUUGCUUUUAGUGUUUAUUCAAUCAAUACCUUUCAUUGUGGGAUCCUCAAGAACAAAGAUUGUUAAUGAGAAGGAUUUAGUAUCCAACAACUUGACACAAGAGACUCCAUCUAAAUUUAAAGCAUUACAAGUUCCAGAUCAUUUACCUGAAUUCUCCAAUUUUCAACAAUUCGAAAAAUUGAAAUUAGAGGAAGAAGAAGAAUUUAAUGCUGCAAAAUCAGGUGAUGACAAGGAUAAAGAAGAUCAUAAAAAUGAUAUUCCAUUACAUUGUCAAAAAGAAGAAUUUGUAAUUCAUUCAUUAGAUGAUUUAAAUUUAAUAAUUGAAUGUGAAACAGUAAGAGGGAAUAUUUUUAUAUCUGAAUUUAAUUACCCAAUUAUAACAUUAAGUAAUUUAAAUAAAAUUGAAGGUAACUUAUCAAUUUAUAAAUCACCAGAAUUAGUUAGAGUUGAAAGUCCUCAACUAAACAUUAUUACUGGUUGGUUUGAAUUAUAUGAAUUAACUUCAUUAGCAUUGAUUAGUUUUCCAAAUUUGAAAAAAGUUUCAGUUUUAAGUUGGGAAAUUUUACCAAUUUUAAGUAAUGUUCAAUUUAAUAAUGAAAUUCAAGGAAUUCAAAGUAUUACUAUUUCAGAUACUUCAUUAACUGGUUUCAGUGGAUUUUUAACAAAUGAAUUAAAAAUUUUAGAUAUUAAUAAUAAUAGAUUUUUGGAUUCUGUUGAAUGUAAUGUUGAAAAAAUUAGUGAAUUAUUACAUUUAAGUGCAAAUUCAAAUGAAAUUAAAAUAAAUUUACCAAAUUUGAAAAAAGUUAAAGAAUUAAGUAUUAAUAAUGUUAAAAGUUUACUGUUAAAUAAUUUAGAAGUUGUUGAGAAUUCAUUGAUUUUAAAUAAUAAUUAUUUCAGUUCAUUAAAUUUCCCCAAAUUAACUAGAAUUGGAGGUACUUUAAGUUUAUCAAAACAUAAAGAAUUAUCAAAUGUUGAAUUCCCAGAAUUGGAAGAAAUUGAAGGAGGAUUAGUUAUUAUUAAUAAUAGUUUAAUUGAAAAAAUCAAUUUCCUUUCAAAAUUACAAAUAAUUGGAGGUGCUUUAGAAAUUAAUGGUCCAAUUUCAGAUAUGUCAUUUAAAAAUUUGAAAUUAAUUAAAGGAAGCGCUAUAGUUACUUCAACUUCACCAGAGUUUGAUUGUAAUAAAUGGUCAAAACUGAAUAUUUUAUUGGUUGUAAGAGGUGGUAAAAUUGAAUGUACUAAUUCAAAUAAUGAAAAAAUAACUUCAAGAACUAAAGAUGAUUUGGGAGGUAAUAAUGAUGGGUCAAUUGAUGAAGUUGAAAGUACCACACUGGCAUCUGAUAAAGCAAUUGAUAAAACUAAAUCAUCACCAACUAGUUCGAAUUCAGUAGGGGAAUUACGAAAUACUUCAGGAGCAUAUGAUUUCAAAUCAAUUUUUAAGGACAUAUUAAAAUUGGUUAUUGGUAUUCAAUUAAUCAUACUUUCGUUGUAUAUAAAUUAG